AUGAGCUUCACAUUGGUCCUGAGCUUCUUCCUGGUGCUGGCUCGUGUCCAGGCGACACGUAUCCUGGAGGGUCAUGGCGGGACCAUGCAAGAUGUGGAGAUGAUCGGAGCUGUAGGCAACUCUGUGCAGGAGCAGCGCACCAGUGACGCUCGUGUGAGAGAUGCCGUCGACGAGAUCCGUGGCAGCGCCGUGCAACUCAUCAAGGACAUCGAUGAUGCUGCGAAGAGCGGCAGCGAGUGGGAGUUUUGUGGCCUUUCCAAAAUCUGCAGAGGCGAUAGACCUAAAUGCUGCCAUGACUGGGUAGGAAUUACUCGGAUAAGCCAAGUCUACGUGUGCAAACCGAGGUCGGUAAAAUGUGACGACAAACUCUGA